AUGAGCAGGUCAAUCCUCCGCUCCGUCCUGGAGCUGCGGACGCCCAUCACCCGCCUCCCGCCCUCGUACCUGCUGCCCACCUAUGCCCGCAGCAUCUCCAGCACAGCAAAGGCCGCAACGCCAGCCGCCGCGACUGCUCCGGCCUCCAGCUCGUCAUUACCGCCCGCCAACCCCCCAGCAGUGCGGCACCCGCCCUCCCUCCAGACCAGCCCGGCGCCGACGCCCUCCUCGGCAAAGCAGAGCAUAACAGAGCUCCUCCCGCUCCUGCGCGCCCAGCCGAACCACUACAUCACCGCCCACAUCCACGGCUUCCCCUACCUCGUCACCGAGGGCGACCAGGUCCGCCUGCCAUUCCGCAUGCCGGGCGUGCUCCCCGGCGACGUCCUGCGCCUCAACCGCGCCAGCGUGCUCGGCUCCCGCGACUACACCCUCAAGGGCGAGCCGUACAUUGACGAGGGCCUGUUCGAGUGCCGCGCCACCGUCCUGGGCACCGAGUCCGAGCCCCUGCGCGUCAAGAUCAAGACGAAGCGCCGCAACCGCCGCUCCCAGCGCGUCACGAGCAAGCACAAGUACACCAUCCUGCGCAUCUCGGAGCUCAAGGUCGUAUAA